UCCUAGUCUAGAAAUAUCAGCUACCUUCUGUGGAGUGGUUACUACGUGCCAUUCUCUGUAUUAAGGGCUUUGAGUAAGUCUAAAUUGUUUCAUUUUAUUCUGAAACAGUAACAACGCCAGAAGACACAUGAUGUCAUUAUUUUAAUGUUUCAAAAACUGGAAGCCAAAGACACAGAGACAGAGUUAAGUGCAGUGUCCAGAUCUGAACCAGGUUUGAAUCCUAACUGCUUAACUAGCUGUCAUGGUUAAAAAGAACUUAACUUACCAGCAGAAACCAGAAAGGGCCUCAUUUUUAUUUGUACAUCUUGCAGUCAUUUUUGGUUUUGUAGAGAGCUAAAUACUCGUUUAACAUGAAAGUGUAAUCGCUUAUAGACAAGAUUUGGAGUCAGAUCGGAUUGGACCUUUUGCUAUAGUACUUAAGAGUCCAAGUGACUUCGGGCGGUAAUUUCAACCUCUUACAGCCACAGUUUACUGCUGUAAUAUAGCUCCUUUCUCCAGUCCGUAUAAAGUAUAAUUAGACAAGUAGAUGAAGCAGCUGGCACAUAGCCGACACUCAACAAAUUUUAAUCUCCCUCAAAUGUCUUUGGUAAACAAGCCUUUUCAGUGUACCCUCCACAUGCAUACCACAGUUUGCUCCUUUGUGUACCAGAAUCAGUGCUGCAUAACUUGACCAUAAUAAAAUUGACUUUACAAAUGGAACUUUUAAAUCACCUCUGCCGAGAAGUAUUAUUUGAGUGAAACUUUCACUUACACAAGUUUUAAAAUUUAUUUAACCGAAGUUACCGCUGACUGCAGGUGUUAUCACAUAAGGGGUGUGUGUCCCUGAAGGGGAAGGGGAAGAGCUGGUGAUCUUAGAUACUCUGCGAACCUAUCAUAUAGUAACACGUCCGAAAUCAUUCGUGUCCAGGCAGCCCCAAAGGGAGCAUAAACCAGGGACUUUGAUAUCAUGCAACAGAAGACCAAAUUAUUUCUCCGGGCUUUGAAGUAUAGUAUUCCUCACCUUGGGAAAUGCAUGCAGAAACAGCAUAUGAAUCAUUGUAACCUCGCUGGUCAUUAUUACCAUAGAAUAAAAUUGAAAAAAUAUCACCUAACCAAGUGUCUGCAGAAUAAACCCAAGAUAUCAGAGUUAGCAAGAAACAUCCCAAGUCGGAGCUUCUCAUGUAAGGAUCUUCUGCCUAUUAAACAAGAAAACGAAAAAUCCCGUUCAGAAAACAUGGAUGCGUUUGAAAAAGUGAGAACAAAAUUAGAAACACAGCCGCAAGAAGAGUAUGAAAUCAUCAAUGCAGAGGUUAAACAUGGUGGUUUUGUUUAUUAUCAAGAAGGAUGCUGCUUGGUUCGUUCCAAAGAUGAAGAAGCAGACAAUGAUAAUUACGAAGUUUUAUUCAACUUGGAAGAACUUAAAUUAGAGCAGCCAUUCAUUGAUUGUAUCAGAGUUGCUCCAGAUGAGAAAUACGUGGCCGCCAAGAUAAGAACUGACGAUUCUGAAGCAUCGACCUGCGUAGUGAUAAAGCUGAGUGAUCAGCCUGUGAUGGAAGCUUCUUUCCCAAAUGUGUCCAGUUUUGAGUGGGUAAAAGAUGAGGAAGGUGAAGAUGUUUUAUUCUACACCUUCCAGAGGAACCUUCGCUGUCAAGACGUUCAUCGAGCCACUUUUGGGGAUAACAAACGUAAUGAACGUUUCUACACAGAAAAAGACCGAAGCUAUUUUGUUUUCCUGUAUCUUACAAAAGAUAGUCGUUUCCUCACCAUAAAUAUUAUGAACAAGAUCACUUCUGAAGUGUGGUUGAUAGAUGGCCUGAGCCCGUGGGACCCACCGGUCCUUAUUCAGAAGCGAAUACAUGGGGUCCUCUACUUCGUUGAACACAGAGAUGAUGAAUUAUACAUUCUUACCAAUGUUGGCGAGCCUACAGAAUUCAAGCUAAUGAGAACAGCAGCUGAUACCCCUGCUAUUAUGAAUUGGGACUUAUUUUUCACAAUGAAGAGAAAUACCAAAGUCGUAGACUUGGACAUGUUUAAGGAUCACUGUGUUCUCUUCCUGAAGCACAGCAAUCUACUUUAUGUUAAUGUGAUCGGUCUGGCUGAUGAUUCAGUUCGAUCUCUAAAGCUUCCUCCUUGGGCCUGUGGAUUCAUAAUAGAUUCAGGUUCUGACCCGAAGAACUGCCCCUUUCAACUUUGCUCUCCGAUUCGACCCCCAAAAUACUACACGUACAAGUUUGCAGAAGGCAAACUGUUUGAGGAAACUGGACAUGAAGACCCGAUCACAAAGACUAGUCGGAUUUUACGUCUAGAAGCCAAAAGCAAAGAUGGCAAAUUAGUGCCAAUGACUGUUUUUCACAAAACGGACUCCGAAGACUUGCAGAGGAAACCUCUCUUGGUGCACGUGUACGGAGCUUACGGAAUGGAUUUGAAAAUGAACUUCAGACCCGAAAGGCGGGUCCUGGUGGAGGACGGAUGGAUACUAGCUUACUGCCACGUUAGGGGAGGUGGUGAGUUGGGCCUCCAGUGGCACGCUGAUGGCCGCCUGACCAAAAAGCUCAACGGCCUGGCUGACUUAGAGGCUUGCAUUCAGACGCUUCACAGCCAAGGCUUUUCCCAGCCAAGCCUAACAGCCCUGAGCGCUUUCAGCGCUGGCGGGGUGCUUGCGGGAGCCUUGUGUAAUUCUGCUCCAGAGCUCCUCAGGGCUGUGGCUUUGGAGGCGCCUUUUGUGGAUGUUCUCAAUACCAUGAUGGACACCACUCUUCCCCUGACAAUCGAAGAAAUAGAAGAAUGGGGGAACCCUUCAUGUGAUCAAAAGGAAAAGAACUACAUAAAGUGUUACUGUCCUUAUCAAAAUAUCAAACCUCAGCAUUAUCCUUCAAUCCACAUCACAGCUUACGAGAACGAUGAGCGUGUUCCUCUGAAAGGAAUUGUAAACUACACAGAGAAACUCAAGGAAGCUGUCAUGGAGUAUUCUAAGAACAGGGGCGAAGGCUAUCAGACCCCCAAUAUUAUUUUGGAUAUUCAUCCCGGAGGGAAUCACGUGAUUGAGGAUUCUCACAAAAAGAUCACCGCCCAAAUUAAAUUCCUGUAUGAAGAACUUGGACUUGACAGCACCAGUGUUUUUGAGGAUCUUAAAAAAUACCUAAAAUUCUGAAGUGCUACAUACAGCUGGGAUUGGGAGAGGCUCUGACAUAUUCCAGUCUUAUUUCCAGUUGGGUUAGCAAAAGUGAGGUUUUAGUUAAUAGAGAAGUUUUUACCCGUUGCUUAUCCAUCCAAGUUGUGCUUAGUCUGCAUCUCAGCCACACAUGCUGUCCCUUCCACCAGUGCCCACGCCCUCACCCUGGGCGGUUUGCAGGUGGUCUCCUUAGAAGGGCCGGGCCGCCCUCCAGUCAGAACUUCGCCUUUGUCUGCUGUGCUAAGGUUUUCUUUGAACACUUUACAGUCAGUGUCCUCGCUCUUUGCUAGUGAAUAUUUUUAGUCACCUGUGGUAGUGAGUCACCUUCCAGUUUCUGUGGCUGCAUUUUAAGGAGAAAGAGCUUUCUUC